AAACAACGAAUAAGAAAUUUUUCUUAGAAUUCCCAAAUUACAGCCAAAAAUGGAAGGAGAAAAAAAACCGAUGUCUAAAGUCGAUCUCUUUCUCUCUCUUCCCCUGAAAAAUUGAUGCGAAUACAAAGUAAAAAUGAGUGAUCUCAUCUCUUCUUAGAAAGGUAACAGAGAAAAUAUGGUUAAUGCUUGGAGUUUGGACGAGAUAAUGUAAUACUCAGGUGCAGAUUUUUAUUCUCAUUAUGCUGGAGAGUGAAGUGUCCAAAUUGGGGUUUUCAGGGGUCUGCUUCAGUUUGGAGUCACAAAAUGUAAUUCAUCUAAUUGUAUCGAGUGUUGAUGAGGAAUCUAACUGGUUAAGUAGCCAGUGGUGGCAAUUUGGCAAGGGAGCACUUCAGAGUUAGGAAGAAUAGGCGUCACCAUGAUUUCUCAUCUUCACCUUUAAUGUUUGUUCUCCGUUUAUAGUCAUGAAAGAACAUGUCCUUUCAAUUAUCUAUUCUUUCCAUCAGUGUUACCUAGUACUCCAUUCCCCUUGCGAAUUGCUUAUUGGGAAAGCGCAUAUUGGAACACGUAUAUUGGUCUGCUGGAAGUCGGAAACUUUUGGGCUAGUUGUCAAUAUUAUUAGGUAGCAUAUUGCGAUCUUGUACUUGUUUCUUCAUACCAAAGCGUACUACGUAUUAGGUAGAUUCCUUCACUAUUUAGAGGAUUUUGAUUGGCAGUAGAUUCUUCAUUUUAGCAGUGUUUUGUACAUUGGUGUCUUAACUAAUACUUUCUCCGUUAUUUUUUAGUUGACACGUUUCUUUUAUCACGUUUUCCAACACAUGAUUUUAACAGUUUAUAACUCUUAUUAGCAACAUGUAAAUAUUAUAAUAAGUUGAUAUUAAUAAAUAUUACAUUAAGACGAUUUAAACAAAUUCCCACAUGAAUAUGUUUUAUCAUAUUUAUAAAUCACAAAGCUAGUCAAAGUAAAAUUUGUAACUAGUGUCAAAAGUCAAAACGUGUCAACUAAAAAAGAACAGAGAAAGUAUGUUCUUGUUGAUUGAUUAGAAUUAUUAUGACAACCUCUGUCAUACCCAAAAAUCCUUAUAAAAAAGAAGUAUUGAAGCAUUGGCAGACUCCGCAGAGUUUUGGGAGACAAAGUAACAAACAUACCCCUAAUCAAUCGAGAAUUUAAGAGUGACUACUAAGAGCUUCUGAUUGAUGAAGUUUACUAUAGAGGAAUAGGUUGGAGAUCAUAAAAGCUCUGCAAGGUCUUGAAUAAGCAAUUCAUAAAGACCAACAUUGUGGUUCACACUUUGGAUCAAUGGAUGCUGAACUGUUAAACUUUUGGGGCCCAGUCACAUCCUCUAUUGACUGGUGUGAAAAAAAUUAUGUUUGUUCAUCUUAUAUUGCAGAGUUUUACAACACAAUUUCAAAUGUACCAGCCAUCAUUUUGGCUGUCAUUGGCCUCGUAAUUGCCUUGAGUCAGGGUUUUGAGAAGAGAUUUACUGUUCUUCACCUUUCAAAUAUGACACUUGCAAUGGGGAGCAUAUUGUUCCAUGGAACACUGCAACGUGUGCAACAACAAAGUGAUGAAACUCCAAUGGUUUGGGAAAUGCUCCUCUAUAUCUACAUUCUGUAUUCACCUGAUUGGCAUUACCGAAGCACAAUGCCCACAUUCCUCUUCCUCUAUGGUGUUAUUUUUGCCAUUGUUCAUUCAGUAUUUCAUUUCAAGAUUAGUUUUAAAGUUCAUUAUGCUGUGCUCUGCCUCCUUUGCAUCCCUAGGAUGUACAAAUACUACAUCCACACAGAGGAUCCUGCAGCCAAGCGUCUAGCAAACCUGUAUGUGAUCACUUUAUUCCUUGCAAGCCUGUGUUGGGUUUGUGACCGUGUUUUCUGCGAGCAUAUCUCUGCUUGGCCUAUUAAUCCACAAGGACAUGCUUUAUGGCACAUCUUCAUGGGCUUUAACUCCUACUUUGCAAAUGCAUUUCUGAUGUUUUGCCGUGCUCAGCAGCGAGGUUGGGGUCCAAAGAUUGUUCAUUUCUUGGGUCUUGUUCCCUAUGUGAAGAUUGAGAAACCAAAAUCUCAAUGAGCUAGACAUAAUUACACAAAGCUGGUUGAACCUUCUUAUGUACUCUGCAGUUAAGGGGCAUCUCUACCUGAUAAAACCUACUCAGAAGGGACUGUUUACGUAGACUGUUCUGAAGUUUACCUUGCAAACUAUAACCAUCCUUAAAACAGUAGAUGGUUACAGGCAAUUCUGUCGAAGCAAAUAUUCAGCAUUUUUUUGUUUUUAUAUUAGGAUCUAGAUUAGUCGAAGCUAUGGACAGUUUUUUUGUUAGAACUCAAGUAUAGGUUCUAUAGUUUACAGUUUACUAUGUUUAUGUCGUCUUUAUUUGAUGGAAAUUGUUAAAUUCUUGAUUCUCUUGUCAGCUUACUGAUACCCAGAUUCUGAAAAUUCUUGUUUAUGCAAGCUUUUCGUGAUUUAUAUAAUUACAAAUGUUAAUUUAUUCAUUUA